UGCCUUUAUUGCAGGACUGUUGUUAGUCUGCAUUAGUUUGAGCUCCCUAAUAAACUGACAACUGAGUGUUUAUUGUUAUAAUUUUCAAAUCCAGAAAAUCUGGAAACACUUGUGCAGUUAAAACUUUGGGUUAAAGCUGAAAUUGUCCAUAAGAGCUACAAAAUUAGCAAAUGUGGCAGGAAUGCCACAUUCCCAUAGCCUUGUAUUUCAACUGCUAGAAGUUGUGCUUCAAAACGGAGAAAUUCAAGGCUUUGAGACGGUGAUUUUGGCAAAUCAGUAACACUAAACAAUGAGGACGUUACAAAGUAACCACUCUGGUUACGAUACAGUGGUCAACAAGCUCUUGAGUUUGCAGAUUACCAAACAGGAUGGCUGUCACAGAGGAAACAAAAGUGUGGAUACAGACUGUGUUCACUGCCAAGGGCUUCCAGCACCACCGAAUGACCAACGGGGCCAUGAAUGUUGAGAUUGGAAACCCUGCCUAUAAGAUCUAUGAAGGAGAUCCUGAUGAUGAUGCUGGGGAACUUCUGGACUCCGACUUUGCUUUAGACCCAGACAAGCCCACCAACUUCACGAACCCAGUGUAUGCCACCCUGUACAUGGGUGCCCACAACAGCCGCAAUUCUCUGGCGAGCACUGAUGAAAAGAAGGAGCUCCUCUCCCAGGUUGACGAGGACAUGAGCGACCCCCUGGCAUAGACCUCGGCAUGGACUGAACUCUGCCAACAUUGCCCUGCCUCGCCCAACCUAGAGCCAGCGAGCUCUCUCAUUUUAUGCCUUUACCAACUGAAAAGAAAAGCAACAAAAAAACAUAAAAACGAGAACACUGUAUAAAAUGUAUAAAAUGAAGAACUACUUUUUUUAAGUGAUUGCAGUAUUAUAUUUUGUUCUUUGACAAAAAGGAAAACAAAUCCUCUGGUGACGGAAAAGAAACCAUUUUAUAGACAUUUUAUCCAGUUCUUUUUCAUUUUGCUCACUUCCUCACAACUUCUCUCUC